AGAAGUAGGACUUAUGGCGCAACCAGGUAUAUAAAUAUCAGACAUCUUAGCACACUUACUUCAAAUUGUUUUGCAUAACUAACAAUUAAGCCAGCUAGUCACAAUGUUUGCGUACGUGGUAAUUGCUAUUGUUAUGGUUGCGGCGGUUAGGGCUGACGAUCCGUUGGCACAGGCAAAGUGCCGAUCACUACACCACGUAGAUGUGGACGCACAGGGCACACAAUACACCAAUGAUAAAUGCGAGCUAGAUUGCGUUAUUCAUGGUGCGGUUAACCAUCAUAAUAUGUCCGAGGGAUUGCCCUGUCCUGGCAUUCCAUCCACUAAAAAUACUUGUAUCGGAGGCAAAUGCGUGUCACCGUUGCAUUUGGGUUAUAUCGAUAUCGAGAUGACCUCGGCCGAUUUGUCUAAAGCCGCAACAGCUUAUGCCGAUGUUUGUCUCCAGAACGCAUCCACUGUAGUAGAGCUGCCAAUCAUCGACCGUAAGACCUGUGUCUCGUGCCAGACGGCCAUCGCGCCCACCUCUACACACCCCACGUGGCGAGUGGUCUGCCAGGGGUCGCACAAAUUCAUCUGGAAAGAAGAGUCCAGGGUCACUUUCGAGGUUUGGGAUCACGUGUCCAGCGUUAAAAACAAUUUUGCUGGUGGAGCUACCUUGUUGAUCACCCAGCUGAUUGAGCAUCAUGAUAGUCACAAACCGAUCGCGCUGCCCUUGGCCCGUGGUGAUAACUCAGGCAAAAUUUCUGUGACAGUUACGUGGACACCAAAAUAAUGCAUUAGUAAACUUUAAAUUAAUAAAAUCAAUAUUUUUAUUCAGUAAAAAACAA